GGAUUUAAAACAGGAUAUCUCCUGGACCCGGUAUUUCAUUACGUAGGGCGGUCAGUAGCGCUGAUAUGCCGAAGAAUCCGAGUGCAACGUCCACCCCGCACGCAUGGACUGCGGAGAUUCACCCAACGCCCCGUGGCAGAUGAUAUAAAUACAGUUCAACGGUCAUAAAUGUGGUGCAUUCGCCCAAAUCACUCGAAGUGGAACACCAUCGCCGAUCAAUUCUACAAACCUACCAAAAUGCCAGUCGUUAAUGAUCCUACCUCUCCCUCAGAGCCUGAGGUCUCUCAACAGUCGCCAUCAUCAAACAAAGAAACAUAUUCGCUUUCUUUAUCGGAGCAUACAAGAAACCAGAUAGCGGUUCUGCUCAAAUCACCCAACGCGCAACUGUCACCCGACUUGGCUUUCUUGCCCAGCAGCUGUGUUCUUUCAUUACCGCGAAUGAACUCGGGAUCAAGCGCGAGCACGCAAACAUAAUGGCGUCGUCACCUUGAGCCGAUCAGAUAUCCUGAACAAAAAUCGGCCGAGAUUGGGACAGAGAACUGUGGCUUGUAAUCAAGUCCAAUGUUACGACGGCGUUAUUCAUGUUUCUUUUCGGAUGGAUCGGCGGAACGGUCGGGACUAAAAUGAAAACCUGUUGAAUGCGGAGGUGGCAGGACAUAAUAAUGCGGGCUUAGAAUGCGCACGCCCGGGAUUCUGGGUCCGGGGACGUUCAUCCCCAGGAGGGACUUCCCACAUAAUUAAUAUGAGAUCAACCUAUGUCAAAUUGUCGAUGUUAAUUCUGAGAUGAGAUCAGCAUUUUAUUCUACCGAGUUUGGAUAUUGAAUUGGCAGCUGGCCAAGCAUCUCGAUCGGCAGUUGAAUGUGCCGAACACAACUUGAUCUGCCGAAUAUCGUGUUCCUCCAAUCUAUCGCGUUACUUAAGCAUAGUUGCAUAUCUCGGCAUAUAUAUGCGAGAUAUCUCAACAGCCUCGAGAUGAUACUAGUAGGCAAAAAUCGAGCAGAGGCGAAAGCGAUACUCUUGUGGGUGAAUCCUGAGCGCAAGCAUUCGGGCCUUGAAGGCGUCAAUUCCGCCAUGCAAUAUCAGUAGCAUAGGAGCAAGAGUGAUUCUGUCUCUUGUCUUUCUAGCACGUAACUGUAGUUAACGAAGGAUAGAAUCAAGAUUGAAGCCGCAGGGGGAGUCAGUUGUACUUGAUUGAGACUUCAUUGUCAAAAUGCCUCAUACCGCGAGCCCCGGGAUGUAAACAAACAUGCUCAACGCCAAAAAUUGUAACCCUUGGGGAUUUUAGGGAAUACAAUUGAAGGCUCUAGUUGUUGAUUUCGUAUAGAUAUAUAUUCUAGAUUUCUUUAGAUUCGUUCGGUUUCCUUCACAAUAAAUUUGCUUGUAGUCCA